AACGGGAUAUUCAGCCGUGGCCUGCGGCUGCCAGAGCAACUCCUCAGGGGAAAUUAAGCGUCGAGUCAGACGGCACCGUGAUCGCCUUUAUAAGCGCCCCACCCGCCCGCCGCGCACACCCGGAUACCUGGGCUGCCGCGGCGCUGCGAGAGCGAGCCAGGGAGAGCCAGCCGGGCCGUGCGCGAGCGGGGCCGGGGCUCAUGCCCGUGUGAGCCCGGGUGUGCGCCGGGGUGGGUGCGGACCGGUGUGAGCACCGGCGUGCGCGCCGGGGUGGGGCGAGCCCCGCGUCUCCACCGGCCAUGAGGGGCGCGGGCGCCUGGGCCCCGCUCUGCCUGCUGCUGGCCGCCGCCGCCCAGCCCUCGCGGCAGCAGCCCCCGGAGAGACCUGUUUUCACAUGUGGUGGCAUUCUUACUGGAGAGUCUGGAUUUAUUGGCAGCGAAGGUUUUCCUGGAGUGUACCCUCCGAAUAGCAAAUGUACUUGGAAAAUCACAGUUCCCGAGGGAAAAGUGGUAGUUCUUAAUUUCCGAUUCAUAGACCUCGAGAGUGACAACCUGUGCCGCUAUGACUUUGUGGAUGUGUACAACGGCCACGCCAAUGGCCAGCGCAUUGGGCGCUUCUGCGGCACGUUCCGGCCUGGAGCCCUUGUGUCCAGUGGUAACAAGAUGAUGGUGCAGAUGAUCUCUGAUGCGAACACAGCUGGGAAUGGCUUCAUGGCCACGUUCUCUGCCGCUGAACCAAACGAAAGAGGGGAUCAGUAUUGUGGAGGACUGCUUGAAAGACCGUCCGGCUCUUUUACAACCCCCAACUGGCCAGACCGCGAUUACCCUGCAGGAGUCACCUGUGUGUGGCACAUUGUAGCCCCAAAGAAUCAGCUUAUAGAAUUAAUGUUUGAGAAGUUUGAUGUUGAGCGUGACAACUACUGCCGCUAUGACUACGUGGCUGUGUUUAAUGGUGGGGAAGCCGACGACACUAAGAGAAUCGGAAAGUAUUGUGGCGACAGUCCACCUGCGCCAAUUGUAUCUGAGAGAAAUGAACUUCUCAUUCAGUUUUUGUCAGACUUAAGUUUAACUGCAGAUGGAUUUAUUGCUCACUACACAUUUAGGCCCAAAAAAUUGCCUACAACUCUAGCACCACCUGUUACCACCACAGUCCCUGUAACUACGGAUUUAAAGCCCACCGUGGCCCUGUGUCAACAAAAGUGUAGACGGACGGGGACUCUGGAGAGCAAUUAUUGUUCAAGUAACUUCGUGUUGGCUGGCACUGUUAUCACAACCAUCACUCGAGGUGGGAGUUUGCAUGCCACAGUCUCAAUCAUCAACAUCUAUAAAGAGGGCAAUCUGGCAAUUCAGCAGGCCGGCAAGAACAUGAGUGCCAGGGUCAUCGUGGUGUGCAAGCAGUGCCCUCUGCUCAGAAGAGGUCUAAAUUACAUUAUUAUGGGCCAAGUGGGUGAAGAUGGGCAAGGCAAAAUCAUGCCAAACAGCUUUAUCAUGAUGUUCAAGACCAAGAACCAGAAGCUCCUGAAUGCCUUGGAAAACAAGCAAUGUUAACAGUGAACUGUGUCAAUCUAAGCUGCAUUCUCAUUGCCUUUGAGAGAUCUAUUUUUUUCUCAGUAUAAAAAAAAUCUUAUAAAAUUAAAUAUUGAGCAUUCAGAAAGAUUUACUCUUCACAUGAUGCAGGUAUGAGACCUCCGAUGUCGCUGGUGGAAGUUCUGUGCCUGCACCGAGAGGAGCAGAUAUCUGAUCGAAAACCUGCAGGUUUAGUGUGGUGAUAGGAAACUGAGUGUAUCAAGCGUUGACAGUUUGGAAGCAGUUUAUUUAUACAUCUCUGUAAAAGGAUAUUUUAGAAAUGAGUUGUGUGAAGAUGUAAAAAAGAGAUUUUAUAAGUGCAAUAUUUAUAGUGAUAUUUGUUUUACCUUCAAGCAUUCGCUCCGAGGUGUUAUAUUCUUCUCUUGCAUUUUUUAAAUCAAUGCUUAAUAAAGUAUUUUUAAAUGAUUAU